AUGGCUCUCAAUCCCAACGCAAAAUCCAAUCGAAAAAUCCCUUCUUCUUCACAAUCACAAACCCUUCUCAGCCUCACCUUCCCAGUACUCGAAGACGAUGAUUUUCAAGAUUACCCUUUUCUCUCCGCUUCUAGAACUAGCUCACAGACGCCACCUCUCAAACCCCAUUGCUCAACCACCACUCAUCCAUCGAAAAAGCCUAAAAGACAAAAUCCCGGAAAGGAAAAUCGAAGGGAGGCAGAUUUGGGUUGUGGGUUGGACUCAAUAGAACCAACCCUUGAUUUGUUAAAGUCGAAUGGGAGUGGCGGGCGUUUCUCGAAUAGUAAUUCAAUGGAGUCAAGGUUGUUGAAAUUGCAGCCGAAUUUAAAGGCUGAUGCUUGCGAUAGUAAUGAUAAUGUUAAUGAAGCUGUUGAUAGGGAAAUUGGGGUUGAAGAGGAGGAAAGAUUUGAUGAGGAAGAGAUUUUGGAGGACGUAGGCGCUCCAUUCGACGUAUUGCUCAAGCUGUGCGCUGAUGGAGAUAACCCCGAGCGUGAUUCUGACGUGGACGAUUUGGAAUUGCUGGAAGAAGAAAAUUGCAAUGUUGAGAGUGGUUCGAUCUGCUGUCCUCUAUGUGGAGCUGAUAUUUCGGGGUUGAGUGAUGACUUUAGGCAGGUUCACACUAACGAAUGCCUUGACAAAAUGGAAAAUUCAACUGAUGUGUCUGUUUCUUCUAGUGAUACUUCUCAUCAAUCUCCCGCAAAAGUUCUUGAUGGUCCUUCUAUUCGACCUCCUCAGAAGGUUGUUCACGUGUCUCCUGUUCUAGAAUGGCUUCGCAAUUUAGGCCUUUCCAAAUAUGAAGAUGUUUUCGUGAGGGAGGAGAUUGACUGGGAUACACUGCAGUGUCUAACAGAAGAGGACCUGUGUAGCAUUGGCAUUACUGCACUUGGUCCCAGGAAAAAAAUUGUUCAUUCUUUAAGGGAACUAAGAGGAGAUGUCAUGAUGGCUGGCGAAGUGAAGACAGAUGUCUCAAAAAAUGUAGUCGAUGAGACUAAAAUGGGAACAAACAAGUUAAUAACUGAUUAUUUUCCAGGUCAUUUUUCUGAAAGAAACAGAGGCAUCACUGCUUCUAGUGGACAAAAUGAGGCUAAAAGAUGUAAGCCAAAUUCUGCUCAGAGGAACAUGCUAGGGAAAAGUUGUGUUAGGAAUGGAAAACAGAAAGAUAUUCCUCUGUGGUGUUGUAUACCAGGAACACCGUUUCGAGUGGAUGCUUUUAAAUAUCUAAGAAGAGAAUGCUCUCAUUGGUUUCUUACUCAUUUCCACUUAGAUCAUUAUCAAGGACUUACGAAGUCCUUCUGUCAUGGGAUGAUUUAUUGUUCCUCCAUUACUGCAAAGCUUAUUAAUCUAAAAAUCGGUAUCCCAUGGGACAAAAUACAAGUUUUGCCCCUUAACCAGAAGAUCAAUGUUGCAGGAACUGACGUAACAUGCUUUGAUGCAAAUCACUGCCCGGGUGCUAUCAUAAUUUUAUUUGAACCACCCAAUGGUAAGGCUGUAUUACACACCGGAGAUUUCCGCUUUUGUGAGGAGAUGGCAAAACUUUCCAUUUUGCAGACUUGCCCAGUCCACACUCUCAUUCUUGACACAACAUAUUGUGAUCCCCAGUAUGACUUCCCAAAACAGGAGGCUGUAAUUCAAUUUGUCAUUGACGCCAUCCAAGCCGAAGCUUUCAACCCCAAAACUUUGUUUUUGAUUGGCAGCUAUACCAUCGGAAAAGAAAGGUUGUUCAUGGAGGUUGCCAGAUCUCUCCACAAAAAAAUCUAUGUCAAUGCAGCAAAAUUACGCAUUUUAAAAUGCCUGGACCUCCCGGAGGAAGACAUGCAAUGGUUUACAAAAAAUGAAUUGGAAAGCCAUAUUCAUGUUGUACCCAUGUGGACUAUUGCAAGCUUCAAAAGAUUAAAGCACAUGUCCAAUCAGUAUGGGAGUCGAUUUAGUCUCAUAGUUGCUUUCUCUCCCACCGGCUGGUCAUUUGGUAAGGGCAAGAAGAAGUCUCCCGGAAGAAGGUGGCAGCAGGGCACAAUUAUAAGGUACGAGGUACCCUACAGUGAACACAGCAGUUUUACAGAACUCCAAGAAUUGGUCAAGUUCAUUUCUCCAGUAGAAAUCAUCCCAAGUGUAAAUAAUCAUGGGCCAGAUUCUCAUAAUGCAAUGGUCUCCCAACUCCUUGCUUAG